AUGGCGGCAACACCCGAUAAGGAUCCCCUGGCAGUAUCGGGCUUGCCAAAGGCGGUACCCGAUUACUCUCCAAUUCAGUCAGUGCAUUGUUCUUCGAAGAGCAUCAAGCCUAAGCUGCUAGAUCCUAUUGCUUCUACUUCUACUAUUGCUUCUGCCGCUGGCUCGGAUGCAGGUGGACAUCCAGUCUCGCGCCAAUUGCUAGAGGAGGAAGACGAAGAGAUGGCGCCCGCUCCGCGACGCGAGCUCCUACACAAGGAUCACUUUGCAUUCGUGUUUGGGAACGUGAAGACACAAAACUACUUAGAUCCUGUUUCCAAGGGACCAGGCUCUCACACGAUCCGCACUCUUGCCUGGAACCCCACGGGCCAGCUGAUUGCGACUGGCUCAGCAGAUCGCACUCUACGAAUUUGGAAUCCCGAACGUCCCCAUGUACGAUACUCUACCGAAUUGCGUGGUCAUACAGCUGGUAUCGAGAAGGCUCUUUUCAACCCAGUCCGUGAUGCGGAGCUGGCCAGUUGCUCGGCCGAUGGCACAGUGCGCUUCUGGGAUGUGCGCUCCAAGACAUGUGUGAGCCGUCUUGAUGUCGGCGGCGAAGCAUUCACACUCUCUUGGUCUGCUGAUGGCAGCACAAUGAUUGUCGGCAAGAAGGUAAUCAUGCAGCGCUGCGACUCCGCAGACUUGAUAUCUCUCAUGACAAAGUCACUAACAUACGAUAUAAAACAGGACGACACUUUAAUCCCCAUUUCUGUUCAAUUCCCCUCCUCUCCUACUACCCACCCCGAUGGCGUCAAUGCUCUCAACCUUCCCUCCUCUACACCCGGCGCAACCACAUACACAGCUCUCGACCCUCACCCUCAGACCGUCCAAACAAAUGCAACAACCUUCUCCUGGUGCAUGCCGACACCCGAACGUCCAGAGCAGCAUGUAUUUGUGACCACCGGCGAAGGCAAGGUUAAAAUCAUGUCCUACCCUUCCUUCGAUAUUAUGCACACUCUCAACGCCCACACCUCAGCCUGCCUUUCAAUUGCGCUCGCCCCGACAGGCCGAUACCUCGCAGUUGGCGGAAGCGACGCUCUCAUCUCCCUCUGGGACACAACCGAUUGGAUCUGCCGUCGCACUUUGUCUAGCGAGAAUGGUGGCGCUAUUCGUGGAGUGAGCUGGAGCUUCGAUGGUCGCUACAUUGUUGGCGCAUGUGACGAGCUUGGAUGUGGUGGAAAUGGACUGGAGAUUUUCCAUGCUGAAUCUGGUGAUAGCAUUUACACCAUUCCUACUGCCGGCAUCAAUGCUGGUGUCUCUGCUGUUGCGUGGCAUCCAUCUCGCUACUGGCUGGCUUAUUCGACAACCACUGAUGGACCUGGUAGCUCCAGCGCUGGGGGCUUGAAGAUUGUCGGUGCUGGUGGUGGUGGCCUGUAA